UGCGCGGUCACACUGCAGCAUAGGGAAAAUAUACACUACACAGCGAAAAGUAAAGUGUGAAUCAGUGCGUUUUCCUGGUCAUCGAACAGCCGAACCCAAAGUAGAAUCCCCAUGUCCGGCUCCGGUCUCGACGAGAAUCCCUUCGGGGAGCCCAACCUGGACAAUCCGUUUGCGGAUCCCGCCAUCCAGCAGGCACAGCAGGCCUUCAGGGGCGGCGCCGCCCUGGUCUCUCUGGAGGAUUACAACCCGUUCGAGGAGCAGGCCAAGCCGCAGUUGCAGAUCAACUCGACCAACACGGCGGCGGUGGUCCAGCCGCUGUCGCAGAACAUUCCGCCCCCACAGACCAGUUCCCUGGGCGCAUCGGCGCCGAGCACCAGCAUACAGAUCACCUCGGAGGAGCUGCAGCGACGGCAGGAAGAACUGGACCGCAAGGCCGCCGAGCUGGACCGCCGGGAGCAGCAGCUGCAGGGCAACGUGCCGCAGCUGAACAACUGGCCACCGCUGCCGGACAACUUCUGUGUGAAGCCGUGCUUCUACCAGGACUUCGAGGUGGAGAUUCCACCCGAGUUCCAGAAACUGGUCAAGCGAUUGUACUACAUUUGGAUUUUUUACACCAUGACGUUGUUGGCCAACGUGAUCGGAGGUCUAAUUCUGCUGUUCCAUGCUGGCGAAUUCGAAACCUUAUUCCUGGCCAUCUUCUACACGAUGCUCUUCUCGCCCGCCUCGUAUGUUUGCUGGUUCCGACCAGCGUACAAGGCAUUCCGCAACGACUCGAGCUUCAACUUCAUGGUCUUCUUCUUCAUCUACUUCUUUCAAACGCUGUACUCGAUUGUGCAGACGGUGGGCUUCAGCAAGAUGGGCUACUGCGGCUUUAUCACGGCCAUUGGGCAGUUUGAUAGCUCUGCGUCGGGCAUCAUCGUCGGCAUCCUGCUGUUGCUGGUGUCCUUCUGUUUUGCCACGGUGGCGGUGGCCAAUGUGCUGAUGAUCACCAAGAUUCACUCCAUCUACCGCAGCACAGGGGCCAGUAUGGCCAAGGCCCAGGCGGAGUUCACCACCGAGUUUCUGCGCAACCAGCAUGUCCAGGAGGCGGCCUCCUCGGCCGUCAACACGGCCAUCAACUCGCAGUUCAACAACAGCAGGUACUAAGGACACUCUGGCCUCCCGGGGAUCUGAUCAAAUCAAAAGGAGAAUCAAUCAAUCAACCAACCAACCACGAACUCAAGCACUCAUCCUGCUAAACUGGAACAGAAAGAGAUGGUAGCCGCGCCAGAGAGAGAGAGAGGGAGAUGGAGAAGGAACAUUUAAUAAACAUUGAAAUAGCUUGGAAAAUAAAAGCAAAACAAAAAAAAGAAAUCAUGAAACUAAAACAAGCAUUGGAGCAUGGAACUAAUAACUAUUUGCUUUUGUGCAUAAACAAUUCCUAGAAUGCCGUCGUCUUUAUUACAAAUAAUUACUGUAAUGAUAACACACAAAAACACACAAUGCAUUAACAAUAUUUAUAAACAGAGCGAAACUGAACUUAGAACUUAAACUAAAACUAAAGCUAAAAAAAGAAAAGAAAAGUGGAAAAAUGAAAACUAAAGCGGCCUCCGAUGCCUUCGAUACACAGCUGCAGUGGAUUGGGAAGACAGGACAUCUUAAUCGUACGAUAUACAUGCCUCCAAAUACAAUAUCUAGACUAAAUUAUUGUGUGCGCCCUCAAAUAUUUGGAUUCUGAAAUUACCCCAGAUGAGCCAAACGAAAGGGAUGACACUGAUGACUCUGCUGCUGCUGAUGAUGAUGAUGUUUUCUAGUUCUUUAAGUCAUUAAAACGAUAUAGGAAUACCAACCACUCCCCACACACGCGACACACACAUACAUAUAUACGAUCUUAUAUAUAUAUAUAUACAAACAUAAUAUAAAUAAUAUAUUUAACGCUUACAUUAUAGAACUUUAUCUCUUGUCGCCUUGGCCGGCGACAACAAGAAAGCGAAAUUCAUUUUUCAUCCAAGCUGUGUUCCCCGCCCCCCUUUCACCACACUACACGCCCCUGUCCGGAUUCCCCCUUCCCGAUUCCCACUUCACCCCGUCUCUGUUUCGCACUCACAUGAAAUGUCGUGUUUUUUGUAAUCGUAAUUGUUAUAUAUUAUCUAUGUACAUGAAGACAGCAUAUAAAAUAUUGAUUCACUUAAGUA